UCGAUGUCAGCGGACGCCAUCUUAUCCAGCGGGUGACAGAAGAAGGUUGCGUGGUCGGAGACACGCGUUCGUAUCAAUUGAUUUAUCAACAAAAGAAACCGAUACAUUCCGUGCAGAUAUCGAAGCACGAAGAAGCCCCUGACGCCCAGAAAUGGCAACGGGAGCUAACGCAACACCGCUUGGGAAGCUGCACCCGAGCAUCGGCGCUAAGCGAGGUUUUGACUCCGGCCCCGGUCCGGGCAUAAUGCCUCCGCCCGGGCCUUCGGUGCCUUUCCCGCUGCAGAACUUCCAACCGCCACAAUUACCAAACCCUGGUUUCCCGCAGUUUCCUGGAGCCGUGGCCUCUGCGCUCUCAAACCCUAUCGUAGUAGGACAGCAGUCUCAAGCGGGAGGUGGAGAUUUCGGACAGAAGAAACGAAAAAGGAGUCGCUGGAGCAGCGAGACCCCUGAUCAGAAGACUGUUAUCCCGGGCAUGCCCACUGUGAUCCCUCCUGGGCUGACUCGGGACCAAGAACGAGCUUAUAUAGUCCAACUGCAGAUUGAAGACCUGACACGUAAACUGCGUACAGGAGACCUGGGAAUCCCUGUUAACCCUGAGGACAGGUCUCCAUCUCCUGAGCCCAUCUACAACAGCGAGGGAAAGAGGCUUAACACGCGUGAAUAUCGCACGCGCAAAAAACUGGAAGAAGAGAGACAUUCUCUCAUUACAGAGAUGGUGGGACUGAACCCGGAAUUCAAACCUCCAGCUGACUACAAACCACCGGCAACACGGGUCAGUGAUAAGGUGAUGAUUCCUCAAGAUGAAUAUCCAGAGAUCAACUUUGUUGGGCUUUUAAUUGGACCACGUGGAAACACUCUGAAGAACAUUGAGAAGGAGUGCUGUGCUAAGAUCAUGAUUCGCGGUAAAGGCUCAGUGAAAGAAGGAAAGGUGGGUCGUAAAGAUGGACAGAUGCUUCCAGGAGAAGAUGAACCUCUUCAUGCUCUGGUUACUGCUAACACCAUGGAGAAUGUGAAGAAAGCUGUAGAGCAGAUUCGUAAUAUCCUCAAGCAGGGCAUUGAGACCCCUGAGGACCAAAAUGAUCUGAGAAAAAUGCAGUUGAGGGAGCUGGCACGGCUAAACGGCACUCUCAGAGAGGAUGAUAACAGGAUCUUACGGCCGUGGCAGAGCACAGAGCCUCGCAGCAUCACAAACACAACUCUCUGUACAAAGUGUGGUGGAGCAGGUCACAUCUCUUCAGACUGCAAGUUUACCAGUUCCUUUGCUCCACGGCCAGGUGAACCACCCCAGUCUGCCCAGGAUAAAGCUCGUAUGGAUAAAGAGUACUUGUCUCUUAUGGCAGAGUUAGGAGAGGCUCCAGUCCCUUCCUCUGGUGGAGGCCACAACAAUGCUCCACCUAGUGGACCUCGUCCCUCAGGACCCAACAACAACCAGCCACCACCAAAUCGUCCUCCUUGGAUGAACUCGGGCCCUACUGAUAACAGGAAUUUCCAUGGCAUGCACCAGGGUCCUGGUGGCCCUCAUAACUUCCCUCCACCAAUGCCAAACAUGGGUGGCCCUCCUAUGCCACCAAAUCCCAAUGGAAUGCCUCCGCCAUGGAUGCAGCCGCCCCCUCCUCCAAUGGGCCAGGGCCCAGCACCACCUGGACACCCCAUGGGCUUAUUGCCACCACCCAUGGGUAUGAUGCCCCCGCCACCACCACCUCCUAACAACCAACCACCUCCUCCGCCCUCAGGACCUCUUCCGCCGUGGCAACAGCAGGCUCCUCCCCCUCCACCCACCAGCAGCAUGGCAACCAGCGCCCCUAUGCCAUGGCAACAAAACACGACCACCACAUCCACCCCUGCCACUGGAAACCUGCCCCCCUGGCAACAACCUCAGCAGACGGCCGCUUCUGCCUCUCAACCUCCUCCACCCAUGGGCAACCCAUCCAUGGUGCCACCUCCACCUGGCGUCCAACCUCCACUUCCUCCUGGUGCCCCACCUCCUCCACCGCCCCCUCCGCCUGGCUCAGCUGGCAUGAUGUACGCACCGCCGCCUCCACCUCCACCCAUGGACCCUAACUUUGUGACCAUGAUGGGUAUUCCUGGUAUGCCACCCUACGGGAUGCCACCUGCACCUCCACCACCUCCGCCUCAGAGUUAAAGGCUUUCUUUAGUGUCUGUGGCCAUGUGAAGGUGCAGUAAAGAGAUACACUCAUACAUCACAGAACUAUACCUGGUUCUGUUCAUUUAACAGCUUGAUGUGAUUAGUUGCUAAAGAUUUAUUUUUCUUUCGAUUGGCUUCAGUUCAGACUUGUUUCCCAUGCUUGGACACAAUAAAUCAAAUUAGCGAGAGUGUAAGUGAGACCAUGUGGUUCAUUUUGUAAAUUUGCUUCAAUUGUUCAUGAUUUUUAACUGUAGUAUUUGAUCUCUUUGUAGGAUGUUUGUUCAAAAGAAGUUGAUGUGCAGGGAAUGUUUGUUUGUUUGUUUUGUUUCUGCCAGCUUGCUUUUCUCCAUGUUUUCUUUUCAAAGUCUCCAGCGAGUGAAAAAUGACAUCUGCUAAAGUUUCAGCUAGCAACAUUCCGACAGGUGUAUAAACCACCAUUUACACUCUUAACCAACUGUGCAUUUGUUGCUGCAUAGUGUAAAAGGACAUUGAUGAUGUCUUCGAGAUGUUGUAGAUGAUUGGCUUUCUCCAUUUAGGUGGUCUGUAUUUUUUUUCUUUUUCUUCUUUUUUUUCUUCUUUUUUUGUGCUCAACUUGUUCCCACCCCUUUCAUAAUUGUUUUAUUUAAAAGAACUUUCAUUAAUUGCCUUCCACCAAAUGUAUUUCAAUAUUUUUGUAAUGAAGCAUUCAACUAAAUAAAAGUUGGCAUGGUGUUGA